AUGGCGACUCACACUGAAACCAUCACGCCCUCGUCCUCCCGCACCAACCCUGCCCUUGUACGCCGUCGGUCCUCCUCUCACUCGAUCCAGAAGAAGCCAUGGCAGCAGCAUACCCAUCGAGCGUCCUUCCACUCCAGUCACUCCCGACCCGACCCCGAGGAAAUCCAACGCCUCUCGGAGCACCUUUCGCGACCGACGACCCGUUCCUCGCACCGGCGCACCGACAAGUGGUACAAGAUCCGGUGGUUCAAGGGUAUGGUGGACGACGUCAAGAGACGGGCCCCGUACUAUUGGAGUGACUGGAAGGACGCGUGGGAUUAUAGAGUCAUCCCGGCCACCGUAUACAUGUACUUUGCCAACAUCCUCCCGGCGUUGGCUUUCUCCCUCGACAUGUUCACCAAAACUCACAACUCGUACGGCGUCAACGAAGUCCUCCUCUCCUCGGUCAUGGCGUGUGUGGUGUUUUCUCUGUUCGCCGCGCAGCCCCUCGUCAUCGUGGGCGUCACCGGUCCCAUCACCGUCUUCUCUUAUACGGUGUACGACAUCAUCGUGCCCCAGGGCACCAACUUCUUCGCCUUCAUGGCCUGGAUCGGCAUCUGGGCCCUGAUCAUGCAUUGGUUCCUGGCUAUCACGAACAGUUGCAAUGCCUUGACCUACGUGACGCGGUUCAGCUGUGACACCUUUGGGUUCUACGUGGCCUUCAUUUACCUGCAAAAGGGCAUCCAGGUCCUGACCCGACAGUGGGGAUUGGCCGGUGAGACGAGUGCCUACCUGUCCGUCAUGGUCAGUCUGCUCGUCCUGGGCUUCGCAUACGGGUGCGGUGUGCUCGGCGAGAGCAACCUGUUGCAGCGCCACGUGCGGAAAUUCAUCGAGGACUACGGAACCCCGCUGACCAUCGUCUUCUUCACGGGAUUCGUCCACAUCGGCCACAUGAGGAAUGUCCAUCUCGAGACCCUGCCGACGAGCAAGUCAUUCCACCCGACGGCGGACCGCGGCUGGUUUGUCCAUUUCUGGGACAUCAGCGUGGGAGAGGUCUUCCUGGCAAUUCCCUUUGCGAUCCUGCUGACCGUCCUAUUCUGGUUUGAUCACAACGUGUCAUCCCUUAUUGCACAGGGGACGGAAUUUCCUCUCCGCAAACCCCCGGGCUUCCAUUGGGAUAUUUUCCUCCUGGGGCUCACCACGGGCAUCGCUGGGAUCCUGGGCAUCCCUUUCCCGAAUGGCCUCAUCCCGCAGGCGCCCUUCCACACGAACGCCCUCUGCGUCACGAGGCAAGUCGUCGAUGAGAAGGCGAGAGGCCACCUCGUCCGGGUCACGGACCACGUCGUCGAGCAGCGCUUCAGCAACCUUGCCCAAGGGCUCUUGUUCCUGGUCACGAUGAGCGGACCGCUGCUGGUCGUGCUCCACCUGAUCCCCCAGGGCGUGCUGGCGGGGUUGUUCUUCGUCAUGGGCGUGCAAGCGCUGGUGGGCAACGGCAUCACUCAAAAGCUGCUCUUCCUGGCCCGGGACAAGGAGUUGACGGACGCGACGGACCCCUUGGCGCGGAUCGAGCGCCGGGCCGCCAUCUGGGUGUUCGUGGCGUGCGAGCUGGUCGGCUUCGGCGCCACCUUUGCCAUCUCGCAGACCAUUGCGGCGAUCGGGUUUCCCAUCAUCAUCCUGCUUCUGAUCCCCUUCCGUACAUGGCUGAUGCCGAAAUGGUUUCGGGACGAGGAACUGCGGGCCCUCGACGCGCCCACGGCCGGCGCCUUCGUCAUGGAGAGUGUCGGUGGUGCGUAUGGGGAGAGUGGGGAGAACACGCCGGCGGACGGUGGGGGGGUGUCGCCUCCGGACGAGAACGACGAGGUCGCCGUGGUGGACGACUCCCUAGAGCGUGGCGAGAGUCAUGAGUUGCAGAGCGUCCUGGCCAACAAGAGAUCUGCGCCAGAGAUAGGACCGUCCGGCGCGACGAGGCGGACAGGCAGUCACAGCGAGAGACAGCGGCCCGAGGUGGGCAUGAGGAAGCGGAGUCGCAGCUCGCUGAAUAGAUGA